ACUUACAGUUGGAUACACAGUACCAAAACUUUACUAACUUUUCAGACUCUAAUGUCUGAAUUAUGUACAACUAUUUGGAUAUUAAUAUCCGAAUAUUGUCAACAUUGUUGGGCUCUUAUAUCCGAAUUUAGUGCCAGUUUUCAGAUAUUAAUAUCUGAAUAAAACUACUUAGAAUCCUACACUUACCUGGUUUGUCUUUGAGUGUUACAGGGUGACACUUCAACACUUGGUAGUUAUGUAGGGCUAUCGACUAUACCUACUUCGACUUGUCCUCCAUACGAUUAUACGGAGCAUUUUACAACGGAGACGGUUUUUCCAUCCGAUGAAGCGUUGGUAGAUUGGAUAAGAUGCACUGGUAAACAACACGGGUUUAUCAUUGUGAUUAAGGGUUCUGAGAAAUGUAUUAAGAAUCGCACACCUAGGAUGAGGUUUUCAUGUGAAAGGAGUGGUAAGUAUAUGCCGUUUGUAAAGAAAGUUGAUGGGAAGGAGGUAGCUGUAAAGAAGAGAGUGCGGUCCACGGGCACCAAAAAAUGUGAAUGCCCAUUUGAAUUGAAAGCUGUAAAGGGCAAUGAUGGUUGGACUGUCUCUGUCCAUGAUGGCACCCACAACCAUCCUCCAGCGGUGUACUUGGAGGGUCAUUCGUAUGCCGGGAGGUUGUCGGCAGAGCAGACUAGCACGGUGGUUGAUUUGUCAGUUGCUUUGGUGAAACCCAGAGAAAUCCUAACCCAUUUGAAGGUUCAAGAUCCUGAGAACGUAACGUCUAUCAAAACCGUGUACAAUGUACGACAAAAGUAUCGAGUGAUAGAGAAAGCUGGAAAAUCUCAAAUGCAACAUUUGUUGGAUCGGCUAGAAAAGUACCACUACGUUCAUUGGACCCGUGGGAACAAGACUCAGAAUGUCACGGAGUUGUUUUGGUCUCCCCCAUCUGCCGGGGAGAUGUUACGUGCUUUUCCCCACGUGUUAAUGAUGGAUUGCACAUACAAGACGAAUAAGUACAAGUUUCCUUUGCUUCAAAUUAUUGGUGUAACAUCAACGGAGAUGACUUUUUGUGCAGCGUUUGCUUUCAUGGAGUGUGAAAAAACGGAAAACUACACUUGGGUCUUGGAGAAGCUAAAAGGCAUGAUGGAUCCCAACGCGCUUCCGUCCAUUAUUGUCACGGAUAGGGAGUUGGCGCUUAUGAAUGCCAUCACAAAUGUUUUCCCUCAUGCUACCAACCUCCUAUGUAGGUGGCAUAUUGGCAAAAACGUAUUAGCCAAGUGUAGAAAGAUGUUUGAUGACAAGAUGUGGGAGGAGUUUAUUUGCAGUUGGGGCCUAGUCGUCCUUUCAUCGAGUGUUGCAUAAUACGAGGAACGCCUUUGUGUUUUGAAGCGUAAUUUUGAAAUGGUUCCUGCAGCACUUGAGUACGUCGAGAAAAAUUGGUUGGUACCUUACAAAGAGAGGUUUGUAGGAGCUUGGACGGACAAAAUCAUGCAUUUUGGAAACCUAACAAGUAACAGGUAAACGCUUCAUUCGCAACUCUGGCAUUUUCCUUAAUAUUCA